CAAACCAAGCUCUGCCUAGAGGAGGAAGGAAGGGAGGUCCAGACUCCUGACGAGGAAACAACACAUCGCGAUCGUGUUAAGCCCUUGCAAAGCCGCCACGUUCCAAAUCCGCUGCCUCGGACAUCGGACAACGGGGGGAGAUGGUGAGUGGUGGGUGACGUUAGGGGCACACACAGACACAGCCAGCACGACCUGACCAGCCAGCAGGCAGUCUGGCGUACGGCCGUGUAAGUGUGUUGGACGAGUUCUUUGGGACCUCAACACCGUCUCCCCACAGGAUUGAUUUCUAUGUUUGGCGUCAAGGUGUGGCUCUCAAGCCGUGUGUUCUAGUAUUGACUAAGUGUCUUCCUUUUGGUGCUACAGUUAUUGCUAAAAUGAUGUGUUGACCUUUCUCGUGCUACAGAGAACAGGACUGCAGCCUUAUUGUGCAGAACGCAGCCACCACCCAGUGCAACAACAAGCCUAACUGUGACGCGGUAGCCACCUGGUCAAUCACCACCAAGGAGUGUGAUCAGGACAUCUACCCCCCCGCCACAAACUACAUGUUGAUGGCCUAUACCUGUGUCGGAGGCUCCAGCUCAGCAAGUCCUGGCACUGAGGAGAUUACAAGCAGCUCAGCGGUCACUACCCCGUUGGUCACUUCUGGCGGUGACUCCACGUCGCCCUCAAAAGAGCCGGACACCACCGUCAGAGAACGCAGCACGCAAAAACAGACUGGUCCGGCUCCGUCCGACGAUGAUGAGUUGAGUGACGCCAUGAUCGGCGCCAUUGUUGGCGGUUCCCUUGGCAUGCUGCUCACGUUUGUGGCGUUUGUUUUCUACUGGGGACGCAAGAGGAGGUUGCGAAUCGUGAGCAGGCCACAGCCCACUGUGUGGGAUUACCUCCUGAACCAGACGUUCACUGUGCGAGGGGCCAGAGGGUACGACCAGUUCCCCAGUGUUCGCUCCUCGGCCAGCUCAGACGGGGAGGCGAACAGUCCUGUGACAGCUAUGAGAAGAAAUACAUGGUUGCCAAACAUCGCCCCUCAGGGUGCGGAUGACAAUGAAGAUGACGCGUCAAGUGUGUAUGAGAACAACAGCAAUCGGCUGCAUCGAGUGGAGGUGCACCCCACAGCCACGCCCUCCCCCUACGCCAUCCUGAACCUUGAUGUGAAUGUCGACACUAGCAACAUCAACCAAAAUGCUCACCACGAUGCCUAGUGAUAUUCCUUAGCAGAAAUAUGCCUCCAAAGUACACCUUAUCUUUUUUAUUGUCUGAUUGAUAUGCACAAAGAUGUCAUCUGUCAAAUAAUCCAUUGGCUGGUUAUUUGACGCUGUUACUGUUAGUAAAACAGCAGAAACUGAAAAAGAAGAAGAAACUUGAACAACAACAAAAAUAAUAUGUAGUGAAUAAAAGCUACUCCAUAAGUCGAUCGAUCCUGUCAUUUUCAUAAUAAUGAUGAUGAAUGUGGAAUAUUUCACAAGAGGAUUUGCGACUUCGUAUAAGAAUACGAAAUGAGUUAAACAUGUUUAACCUGGACUUUUUAACAAAAGAAUAUUUUGAGAACACAUUGACUAAUACAUAAGGGGGCUUUUUUAAAAAUUAUAUCUUUUUUUCCUUCUUCCAUU